GCAAGCGUUGAAUAUAUUGAAGAUGAAGAAUAUCACAAGGUAGACAAGGAUCAGAAAGAAUCAAUGGAAAAACCAUCAACGAGUGGUCAAAAAUCUCAAUCAGUAGAAUAUGAAGAAUCUGUUGUAGAAAUGCUUAGCAUCGAUUCAGAAAAUAGUGGAAUUAAGAACAGAGACGAAUAUUUAAACAUGAACGAACUGGAACAUUUACCAGAAUUGGAAAUAUUUUCAGAAGUGAUAGUUGAAGGAGUGGAACUAGAAUGUCACAUCUGUCAAGAGAAAUUUGACGACGAAAUUUCGUCAAAACAAACGGAAGUAAGUAAAUAUUCAUGUGAUUUCUGCAAUAAAAGUUUUCUCGAUCGAUCGAAUUUGGAACGGCACAAAAGAUCUCAUACAAAUGAACGACCAUUUUCGUGCACUAUUUGUAAGAAAAGAUUCAAACAAAAAGAGCAUUUAACAAAUCACGUCAUAAAGAUUCAUCCAGAGAAUGAAAUUGAAUCAUUCUGCAGGGCAACCGUUGAAUAUAUUCAAGAUGUAGAAUAUGACAUAGUAGACAAAGAGCAGAAAGAAUCAAUGGAAAAACCAUCAACGAGUGGUCAAAAAUCUCAAUCAGUAGAAUAUGAAGCUGUUGUGGAAACCCUUAGUAGCGAUUCAGAAAAUGCUGGAAUUAUGAAUAUAGACGAAUAUUUAAACAUGAACGAACUGGAACGUUUACCAGAAUUGGAAAUAUUUUCAGAAGUGAUAGUUGAAGGAGUCGAACUAGAAUGUCACAUCUGUGAAGAAAAAUUUGACGACGAAACAUCUCGUAGAGAACACGAAGCAAAAUUUCAUUAA